UUGAAAACUGAUGAGGCAGUUGCUAAAAAUGAUGUGCAGAAACUUUUGGAGAUCAGCCAGAAACAAACCGAUGAAAUGAAAUCCCUUCAGGAAACACUUCAAAAGCAGAUCACUGAGGCUGCAGUUAAAGCAGAAAAGCAGCAGGCUGGGAUUAACUUCUUAAAGGCUGAAGUGGAAAGGAAGAGCAAACUGAUUAGAGAUUUACAGCAAGAGAAUAAAAGUCUGAAAAACAAACUUCUGUCUGGAAGCAAGCAGUGUGGCAUUCAUGCAGAACAGUCCAAAAGAAUCCAGUCACAGCUUAAGGAGCUACGCUAUGGGAAGAAGGAUUUGAUUUUUAAGGCACAACAGCUGACUGAUCUGGAACGCAAACUAUUAGCAGCUAAACAGGAAUUGGAAAAGACAGCAGGUGAUAAGGAAUCUCAGCUGAAGGCUUUGAAGGAGGUGGCACAGCUCUGUGUAUCUGGAGUUCUAAAGAACCAGCCUCCAUUUAUUGGCAUGAAUCCUCCCAGAACUACAGAGAAUGGAAUGCUAUCAAGUAAAAACAGCUCCCGACAUCCGUUUCACCAGGCCAACAGGAAGCUCCCAGAUAUCUCCCAGAUUGAAAAUACCAGCUCACCAAGCAAAGGGGUGUUUCCCAAUGUGGCCAUGAAGAGUGAUGAUCAAGACUUAAUGGACUGCAGCUCUCACAAUGAGAAAGCCUACGAAUCUUCAAGGUUGAGAAGCAGAUCACAAAAACCAGAACAAAACGAAAAAAAAAAUUAGAGACUGUGGUUACUAGUCAUAAAAAUGCAAAGUUGUCUGUUGCAGAAGUGCAACAUAUAUGACAGUAGAAUAGUAUUGCGUUUAAAAAUGAUUCCCUUUGCAAUCACUUCAGCAAUUUUUGUUCAAAGACAGUACAGGUGGUGUAUUCUAAGCUGAAGCAUGAUGUGUUUUACUACAAACACAUUAAUCUUUUUUAAGAUAACUAGACUAAAACUAAAGUGAUUAGAAUUGCAUAGGAGGCUAAUUAGAGCUUGUUUUUCAUUAGAAUUAAUGGCAAUAGUGGAAGAAGACUGCAAUAAACCAUUUUUCUUAAGAGACUGAUUUGUACUAACAUAAUCGAUUUGACAAUGAAGUACUUAGUGUAUGCUCUAUACUGAUGCUGUUGUGAUUUUUGUGAUCUCUAGUUCACAGGAAAUAGUGGAAAAGCUGAUUAGUCACUGAAGUCAACAAGCAGGAAUCUUGCUAUAGUUUGAUAACAAGUUUAAAAUUAGGAGCAGAAAUUCAACCAUGAAACAUUAUGUCAUUAGUAAGAGAGUACAUGAUCAUUCAAGAGGCUGAUUGAAAUCAUUACAAGAAAUAAUAGUCUCCUCCUAAUUAACUGUUCGCCAAAAAGAUACUUCUAUUGCCAAAGUGAUCUUUCCCGAGCAGAUUUUUUAUUUAAAAAAAAGCAAUAAUGAAAGGUUUUUUUUUAGAAAACUGAAUAAAGAAACAAUCGUGUUUUAGUUUAAAGAAAAGUUAUUUCCUCUAUGUUAUGAGUGUAUGUGAUUCUUCAUAUGACAGCCAGUUUGCCUUGUAGCCAUGUCUCAGUGUGUAAUAGUCAUGUUGUGGGUCAGAGCAGGAAUUAGUUCAAGUUCCACUCCUGGACUUGCGCAUGAACAUCGAGGUUAAUACUUCAAUGGGGGAAGUGCUCGCUCCGCUGGGGGUGCUGGCUUUCAGUUUUGAUAUUAAAUCAGGUCCUCCCUGUCCUUGCUGGUAGACUUAAGAACUCAAGGCACUUUCUCCAAGAAGUCCACAGAAAUCACCGCUGCUAUUCUAGCAAAAUGGCCUCCCUCAAUGAACGCCAGGCAUUAGGACAUGAUCACAUUGCUGCCUAUGGGAGAUUGUUGUGUGCAAAUUGGUAGUCAUGUUUCCAACAGUACAAUAGUGAAUACAUUUCAGUUACUUCAAUUAAGUUGUGCUGUAGUCAUGAAAGACACUAUAUAUCAGUAAAAGUUUAUUUUCUUCCUAACUGAAACUAUCACACCAAUUGCUGUGCCAUCACUAUAAAUUUUCCCUUUUCUACAACAGAGUAUCUUCUAUUGCUACACAUACAAAGAAAACUACUUAAGUAUCUGCACACAAUAGAUCUCCUCAUAAAGUGCUCACUGACCUAAAAGGUAAGUAAAGCACAAGAUAACCCCUCACACUGACACAAGGUCCAAUAUGCUCUUAACAAGUGUCAUAUCAGAUACAAAAGAUGAAUUCUCUUUCUCUCUCCAGAAGCUAAGUUGACCUGCUGAGCUUUACUCAGCAAUUUCUGGUUUUAUUUCAGAUUUGCUACAUUUGUAGUGUUUUGCUUUCAUCCCAAUAAAUGGAAGUCAGGUAAAAAGAAUGAGCGGUUCCCUUGCAUUUAGCUCAGAUUAAUAUUUUUAAAUCAUUCCUUUGAAGUUUGUUCCUAUGCUACUUUCCAGAGUCCCUGUUCACUCUCCUCUCCUUGUUUCCCUUUUGCCUUUUUCCUCCCUUGCUCCAUUUUACUUUCUUUCAUACUUCACACACACCUUCAUUUGUACCACCUGCUGUUGCCUGGCAAAGUUGUUACACUUUCAUUUAUGUUCUGAUGUUCCUGCACUUAGCAAAAGAAGUGUGGGACAUUCAACAAUUCUGGAAAAUGGGCUGCUCAUCAUCACACACUUUCGCAGAAAGUGCUGGAAUCGAGCAGCACCUGCAGUAAGAGAAAUAAAGUUAACAUUUUGACUCCAAUACCCACGUCUUCAGAACUUGCUGAAAGAUUAAAGCAGAAAUUCUGCUGCUGAGGCUUAUCAGACUUGACAAGUUAUCUCUGUUUCUCUCUCCACAGAUGCUGCCAGACCUGCUGAGUUUCUGUUUAUUUCAGAUCUCCAUAUUUUGCAGUAUUUUGCUUUUAAGUAAGGCAUACAAUCAAUUGAUUUUGACACCCAGAUGCAUGCACUAUCUUACCCUGACUGUCCUGUACAGCUGAAGGGAAGCUGGGGUUACAACAGGCCAGUUGUAGAGUAUUUGCUGUCUCGGGGAUCAGGGUCCACUGAAAAGCAGUCAACAAGGAACACCAUGUGAUGCAGCACUUAAUUUAUGUAGUGAUCACCACUUUAUGUAGAACACAGGGACAGCUUCUGAAAAGAUUGAGUUACGAAUCCGAUCUUCCAGGAUGGAUAGUGUUAUGUUAUUCUCUUAGACGUAGAUGUAACAAUAACACACAAGAAUUAGUACAUAAAUAACUGUGGCUUUCUUAUUUGAAGAUUAGACUAUAAACAAAUAAUCCUCUCUUGGGAGGCUGUGAAACACAUGUCUGACCUUGACCACUGCUAUUUCCUUUGACUCAAAGCCAAGGGACUAACAUGCCACAUCCUGUCUUCAGGCGUUAGUAAUUGACAAUAGAUUAAGGUGUACCCCCUUAAAAGUAUAUAUCAUCAUAUUACAACAUUCUCCAUUUUUCUAACUACAGGUUUACCCAUACUGAAUCAGACUAUUUACAUUUCUUUGUAACUGAAUGUACUUUAACAACAAGCAACAAAUGUAUAUGCCUCUGAAAGUUACCACCAGCAUUUCUCUGAACUAUUUAAUCUCGGCUAUGGUGGUCGCUGGAGGCUGUGGUACAUUUUUGAAAUGCCAGGUAGGGAUAUUUUGUCCACAGUGAGAUGAAGUGUGCAGUUAUACCUAUUCAUGUCACAUUGUGUCCUGUAACCCAUUGACCAGUAGAGCUAAGUGAUCUUCUUACCACUGUAAGCAUUGCAUUUCCAAUGGUGGUCCUUGUGGGUCUGUGGUCCUCAUCACUGUCUUGGCAAUACGCCCAUGAUUGGUGUCAAAGAACAGAGCCCUGCAUGCUGGCACACAAAUGAUCAUUGGACCCCUGGUGUCCACAAUUUGGGGUGAUUGUGGUGAGUUUAUUCAGAGGCACUCAAGUUUAAUGAAUCCCAGGGAUAGAAGCCCUAAGUCUUAGCAGUCAGUUGGUUUGCUGUCAGCUUGUCAAAUAAUUUCUUGCCAUUUGUGUGGAUACAUACAUGUCGGUGUGCAAAGUGGACAGUAUUGCAUGUACAAGUUUUCAAUAUGUCGACAGAUUGUGUCAACUUGCACAACAAUGGGCAUGUAACCAGGUACUGUGUAAUUCUUUGACUCUAGAACAAUAGCAAAAGCUUCUGCUGGGACCACUAUGCUAAAAUGUUGUUUUAUUUUCAUUCUUGACAAGUGUUAAUUGCCCAGAGGGCAGGUAAAAGUCAACCACAUUGCUGUGGGUCUGGAGUCUCAUGUAGGCAAGACUGGGUAAGGAUGGCACUUUCUUUCCCUAAAGGGCAUGAAUGAACCAGUUGGACUUUUCCAGCAGUCAAUAGUGGUUGCACAGUUGUCAUGAGGUUAGCUUUUAAUUAGUUUUUUUAAAAUUGAAUUCUAAUUGCCAUAUUGGGAUUCAAACACUUUCCCUCAAACAUAAGUAUGGAACUCUGCACCACAAGACCAGUGACAUUAACACUAUAGUCCCACCUCCUCAGGCUGAAUGGCAGUUCACUUUGUGCCUCAGUGAUCAUGUUCAUUCUUUUGGUCUAAUUCUGUAGCUUGGUGGAACAUUUUGUGAAUCUUGUCUUCCCGCUGUUUGAUGCGUGCUCUGGAAUGGCUGUUUCUCCCUGAGUCUUGAAUGUGCCUCCCCAUGGUGUCGAACCUUUUGUGUUUGUUUACUGCACAGCAGCUUUCAAUGUCUUCUGUUGUCAGAUGCCCUGCCUACAUUGUAGAAGCUGGGUCUUUUCUGUGAUGAAACCGUAACAUCUGCAUUGCUUACUCGGCUUGCCUGCACUGGCUAUCAUGCCAAUACUGAACAAAUUCAGGUUUUAAGUUUGCUCAGUGAGCUGGCAGGUUUAUUUUCAGAUGUUUCGUCACCAUACUUGGUCCCUUCAAUGACCCUCUGGUGAAACUUUGCCGGAGGCUCUCUGAUGAUGUUACCUAGCAUGGUGACGAAGCAUCUGAAAACAGACCUGCCAUCUCAGCGAGCAAACUUAUGACCUGAACCUCAACCUGAGCUACAAAUCUUCUCAAAAAUCACAGUGAACAGAUUAGUCAUUACAUGUGGACUCUGUCUACUGAUUAAUAUGGCUUUGUCCUUGUAUCGGCUUUGUACUUGUAUCAGCUUUGUGGUAGCAUUCUCACAGUGUGACAUUUGAGUUGGUCCAAGAUGUCUUUUUGAACACCUCCACUGGGAUAAAUACUAUUUUGUCAAUUCAUUUUGCUGCCACAAAUUUGCAAUCACACCCUUUCCCUCUGAAUCUACCUACAAAUUGGUCAAUGUUCUCUUCCUUUUGCUGUUCAAAGGACAUGAAUUCUGGAUGGUGUCUUCUGAAGUUGAGUACCACUUAUAACUGAUCUUCGAUUGUCGACCAGACCUGAUGUCUUUAGCCUGUGGCGGCCUUAGUUGCCUCAAGCAUUUUAAAUUUCAGUGGCUUCUGUACCUGGUUUAGGAUAAUUGUGCAUCAUAAAACACAGCUUGAUGUUUUGUCAGAACAAAGUAAAUACCAAUGGGUGAACUAUUGCCUGCCAAUUGGAUAGUGGAAAUUCUGGGCUAAUGUUUGCACAAUUUUUAAUGCUAUUUGGACCUUUUAACACCUAUUCAAGCUACUUGCUGUUCACUGAGUUCUGAGUUGCAAUAUCGUUGGUGGCCACUGCUUUAGGUGGACAUAGGUUCUUGCUUAACCGCAAUGGUGGUGCUGUUGAGCUCUUUCCUGCCUUUUUUUAGUUUAGCUGUAAACUCAUCCUAUGAAAUCGAACUUUUGAAGAAAAAAAGGACUGCAGGCUACAAAAAGGAAAGCAAACGUUGAGACAAGAAAAUUUACUGGCUUCUUAGAGUUGUUACAAGCUAUUGCGAGUGGCAUGGUGGUUUAGUGGUUAGCACUGCUGCCUCACAGUACCAGUGUCCCAAGUUCAAUUCCAGCCUUGGGUG